AUGGCUAAAAGGAGGGACAGCAGCAGAAUGGAACUUUUGUCUCUCUCCCUCCCUCAGUCUGUCCCUGAUGCCAGCCCUAUGAAGCGCUCAGCCUCCACUGUCACCCCACAGCGCCCCCAAGAGGUCAAUCUUAGGGACUACACCCUAGACAAACCCAGCCAGGACCGACCCCACCACCAUCACCACCACCACCGCUGCCACCAUCGUAGAGACAGGGAUAGAGAUAAAGACAGAGACAGAGAUAGAGAGAAGAGGCAGAGGUCUUUGGAUACACCUCUGGGUGAACAACCACACAGCUCUUCUGGUGCACCGGGAGAGCCAGAGUCUGACCUAGCUGCCUCCAGAGAGCGAGCCCACGACCGUGGACGCUCCCACUACAGGAAACACCACUCAUCUGUGGACAAGCAGCGCUACUACUCCUGUGACCGCUACUGCAGCCGGGAACACUGCCACACCAAACUUGCCACCACCAGCUGUGCUGCCUCCCCCAGCGAGGGGCAGGAAAGCAGCAACAAGCAGGGCAGUGGUUGGGUUAAAGGCAGCCCAGUGGCACUGAGCUCCAGUUCGAGCACAACAAGCCACGGACGUCGGCAGCUCCCCCAGACCCCCCUCACCCCACGGCCCGGGGUAGCCUACAAGACUGCCAAUUCAUCCCCUUUGCACUUCAUUUCCAGCCAGGCCUCUCUAAGUCCUGGCCAGCUGAGCCGUGGCCUGUCGGAGCACAACGCCCUCCAGCACAGUGGCUCCCACCACCUUCCCUGCCCCGUCACUCGUAUCAGUUCCGAGCCCUUCCUGGGCCAGAGCCACAGCAAGGCCCUGGGCAGCCUCUAUGGCAGCCUGACGGACCAGCUCGACAUCUAUCAGGAUGCGACAUCACUGUCGCCCAGUGCCCAUGCCGGACGCCUAUCUCGGACCGCACUGCCUCGCAUGAUGGGAGCUCUGCUUCCUGUUCCGCAGCAGAACCUUGUGGUGCCCAACGGGUACCACUUCAGCUCUGGGGGCAGCACCAGCCUAGGCUCUGGCAUCAGGGCACCCAGGUAUUACCAGGAGGCAGAGGAGGAUGAAUGGUGCUAGCAUGGCUUUAAAACAAUCUUUUUAAUGUAUUUUUGAGGAAUUGUGAUGAGUUAAUUUUCUUUGAAGGCUUUAGUUUAUAUUGUCACUAUGUGUGUUUAAUGCUGUAGUUUAAUCCAAUCUUAGAGAGGUUAGGGAGAAAAUCGAAGUAGGGAAAAAGCUUGAAGUAGGUAAUAUUUGAAUGUGAAGAAAAAAGUUUCAUCUUUAUCAAAGGGCACAUAGCAUUAUGAGACAGAGGAUUAGACUUUCUGCCAAUACCAGAUGUUGUACAGUAGCUGUCCUAGAUUUGCCUUGACUUCAGUGUUUUGUUGGCAGCACCAUAUUGACCCUUAAACAGAACUUCAUUCACACAACACAACACAACUAUCAGACCUGCUAUGUGUCAUUCAUGAGUCCAGCCUUCCAGAAAAAAAAACAUUCAUGUAAAGACUAGUUAUGUAUUUUGGUAUUCCUCUUCACAUUUAUUUUUGUCUCUUGAUUACUAUGGAGUAAAGCUUUUUUUUCCACCUUAAAGCAUAAAAUGAGGUGCUUGCAC